AUGGCAGGAGCCCUUGCGAGAAUCACCGCCAACAUUGGCGGUCCUGGCGAGCGGCGUAGGAGGAUGUACGCCACAGUCGUGAUGUCUGUGGUGUUGUACGGGGCCCCAAUUUGGGCACAGACGGUAGCGAGAAACCGGGAUAUUAUAGGAAGCGUGCGUAAGCUGCAGCGGCAGCUUGCCUUAAGAACAAUUAGGGGCUACCGGACCAUCUCGCACGACGCGGCGGCCAUCCUCUCGGGAAUGGUCCCAUUUGACCUUGCGGCGGACCGAAUCAGGCGGUCGUACAUCCGAAGGCGGGAUAUCCUCGCCCGGGACGGCGCGGUUACCCAGCAGGUAGGGGGAAUGCUGCUGGAGGUCGAGCGACGUCGCUCGAUCGGGCGGUGGCAGAGGCGGCUGAACGAACUGCCUCCGAGCGGACCGGGCUCAAUUGUGCGAAGCGCCAUCGGGGGGGAUCUGGAGGUGUGGGUCGGGAGGGCGCAUGGUGCCCUCACAUACCGCACCACUCAGAUUUUGACGGGGCACGGGGUGUUCGAGUCCUAUCUCUACAGGAUAGCAUGA